AUGGGUAUUUUCAAGCGGAAGAUCACUGUUGAGGACAAUGCCGUCACAUCAGCAAUUCACUUGACUCUACGACAGUCUCUACUCCCAAAUGCAUUAGUUAUGAUCCUCUUUUUUCUCUGGGGGUUCGCGUACGGACUGCUGGAUGUUCUAAACUCGCAUUUCCAAACAACCCUCAAUAUCACCGCUAGCAAGUCCAGUGGCCUACAAGCCUCAUACUUUGGUGCCUACUUCAUCUGUCCACUAACCAUAUCCGGUUGGAUUGCCCGCAAAUAUGGAUUCCGAGUUACUUUCAUGACUGGCCUCGCUGUGCUAGCUGUUGGGUGUCUUCUCUUCUGGCCUAGUGGUGUGAAAAAGUCAUUUGGUGGAUUUUGUGGUAGCAUGUUUGUUGUUGGUGCUGGGUUAUCCACACUGGAGACCGCAGCUGAUCCCUUCCUCUCAAUCUGCGGACCCCCAAAAUAUAGCGAGAUCCGUCUGAACCUUGGACAAGCCGUCCAGGGAGUUGGAACCUUCGUUGCGCCUCUCCUUGCCUCUCGCGUCUUCUUUGCCAACACUGUGGACGACAAUGCCGGACUGAAGAAUGUACAAUGGACAUACCUUGGGGUGGCCUGCUUUGUCGCUCUGCUUAUCAUUCUCUUCUGGUUAGCCCCCUUCCCCGAGAUCACAGAUGCAGAUCAGGAAGCACUGGAAGCACAGAUCUCCGAGCAUGGUGAAGACACCGGCCCAUUCAAAAAGCAAUAUAAUCUGUUCUUCGGCGUGUGGAGUCAAUUCUGCUAUGUGGGAGCGCAAGUGGCCGUCGCUGGUUAUUUUAUCAACUUUUGCAAAGAAGCUGGCAAAACCUCUGCAGAAUCAUCCGACUUGCUUGCCAUUGCGCAGGGCCUCUACGCUUUCAACCGUUUUGUGGCUACUGGAUUGAUGAUGAUGAAAGCUUUCAAACCUCGGUAUAUGCUGACGGUAUACUUAAUCCUCUGCUGCGUCUUCUCGAUAGCUGCCAUGACCACAAAGGGCUAUACCUCAGUGGCGAUGAUUAUCCUUGUUCUGUGUUUUGAGUCGUGCUGCUUUGCAACCAUUUUCUCUCUAGCUCUUCGUGGCCUUGGUCGUCACACCAAGCGUGGUGGCUCCCUGCUUGUUGCAGCCAUCUCAGGUGGCAUGGUCUUUCCUCCUAUGAUGGGGGCUAUUGUGACAAACAAGAAUGCUCACAUUGCCAUGGCAAUCCCAAUGAUGGGCUUUGUGCUCGCAUUAGCCUUUCCCGUUUACGUGAACGUCUUCAAUAAAGAUGUCAUGGACAGCCACCGAAACACUGAGCUUAAUGUGACGAUUUCUGUGGGGAAAGAUAUUGCUCUAGAGGAGGGUCCUCAAAGUAAGCCUACGACUGCAACGAUCGAGACAGCCGAGGAAACAAGAGCGAUUUCUUGA